CCAAUGUGUGGGCUGCUCUAUAAAUAGCUCCACCAGGGAACCAAUAGACAGCCGAGCCUGUACUCGCCCCCUGACAGUUUUUCUAAACAAACUUUAUUUGCACUGUCAUUGUCAAGUUUAUAUAUAGAGUUGCUAUUCGUUGAAGAAGAAUAAUAGUGUUUAUUUCUUAUAUUAUCAUUCUGGUUAUUGCAAGAACCAUUUUGUCAACUAACCUCGAUACUAUGGCCGGCAGUGGACAUCUGAAGUUACUACGUCCUGCUGCUUUCUACAUGUUUGCUCCCCUCCGACCCGCGGGGGGACGAGCUGCGGUCAAGGCGACCUUCUGCACCACCGCCCCCCCGCCGAGCAUCAGCCGGUACCCAGUCCCCCUCAAGAAGGACCUACCGGAGGAUAUAGCGGCAGUGAUGGAGGAGGUUGAGACAAAGGGGGGAUUCUUGCCCAAUGUCUUCAAAGCCCUCUCUCACCGACCGGCAGAGUUCCGGACCUUCUUUGCCUACUACAACGAACUGAUGAACAAGGAGACAGGGGGGCUGACCAAGGCCGACCGGGAGCUGAUCGUGGUGGCCACAAGUAUGCACAACCAGUGUCUCUACUGUGUGGUGUCCCACAGCGCCCUGCACCGGAUUUACUCCAAGAAACCCACUCUGGCCGACCAGGUUGCAGUUAAGUACCAGAAUGCUGAGCUGUCGCCACGGGAGCUCGCCAUGCUGGACUUCGCCCUGGCCGUGUGCCGCAGCGACACCAUCACCGACCAGCACUUCCUGUCCCUGGAGGAAGUGGGCUUCGACCGCGAGGAUGCCUGGGACAUCGGGGCUAUCGCUGCGUUCUUCGCCCUCUCCAACCGGAUGGCCCACGUCACCGACAUGAGGCCGAACGUGGAGUUCUACACCCUGGGGCGCGUGGCGCGGCCGAAGGGGGACGGAGGGAGCAAGUGAGGGGGGGGGGGGGGGGACGGGAGAGAGACAGUGACGGGAGACGGAGGGAGGGGGGAUGGAGAGAGACAGUCAGGGGUGGAGGGAGGCAGUGAGAGGGGGAUGGAGAGUGGUGUCGUUCAGGCGGAGGUGAUCCCAGAGCGGUUAAUGGGCCACUGUUUCUGUAUCUUUAACUGCUGACUGUUCGUUGAUUAUUGAUGGUAAACUUCUAGGUCAUAAUAAUCUUUGUUAUUGACACAUCAUGUGAGUGAUAUUAAUCAACACACAUGGAGAGGUUCUGAUUUUUGUCGAGAUUCUGCCUUCUCUUCAUCCAGCUCCAAGGAAAAAUUUGAAUAGCUAUUUCUCUCCUUCAAUAAGGUAUUACAAAGUUUGAUACUCUGUCACUGCUUCUACAGAAUUUGCUACCAAAAAAUAUGUAUGUUCUUAAGAAUAGCAUAAAUUAAAAGUUUCCACCAUCUGUCA